GCAGGGGUUUAUUCGUCGUUGGCGAAAUCACGUGUAUGGAAUGUAGUACACCUAUUCUUUACAAAUGGUUUCUGUUCCUAUUAUUUAACAGACAGAACAUAUACAUAUGUCGAUUAAUAUCAAAAAUGAUAUCACGUUCCGCAUCUCUAAAGUCUCUCUUUCAUUUGUACUUCAGACAAUACGAAACGAACAGCAUUAUGCUUUCGAGAAACUUUAAUAGUUUGUUCAAAGAAUGAAUUUGAAAAGGACAUGAUGCCGAUAGGUGGUUAUUGCAUUUUGGUUGAGUCUAUAGGGCCUCAGACCCACGAGUUUCUGGUGCAAAUGCAAUCUUCAAUGUCCGUCGAUGGUCACUUUGGUGGAACGAAAGUCAUCAGCUCGACAACGUCGAAACUGCACUGUCUAGAAGAGAAAAGAACAGAAUUUGUGUACGAAGAUGAUGGUUUACGCGAGAAAUCAAUUUACAUAGGUAUAGAGGAUAAUUCUUACUAUGUAAAAUUAAAGCGAACUUGUCCAUGUGAUCAAUCUGAAGAAAUCAAAGAUCUCAAUUUUAAUCACGACAAUGAAUUAAUUAGCGAAGGAGUGAAUAUAUUGCUCAUGCGGUAUUUGGCGUUAACAAAUUAUGAAGGAACAUUGUCUUUUCAGACUAUCACCAUAGAUGGGGAAUUAACCACAUCUAGUUAUGUAUGUACUCCAGCCGAACGUAUGGAAAUAGAUGGACACUUUUUAGAUGUCUAUACAAUUCAGCGCAAAAUACAUAAACAGGAUGGAUAUGUACAGAUUAUAAAAACUCAUUUAAGUUCACAUGGUAUAAUAUUGCGGCACAAUUGUUUAGAUGUGCCUUAUAUAUUAAAAAUUAAUCCACUGGCUGAUCCAACAAUCGCCAAUAGUACAAUAAAACUAGAAAGUCCACUAAGGGAUCGUUGGUCAGAAGAUAUUGAAAUGUUUUCUAAAUAUUUAGAUACGAAAGUAAAAAAUUGCGACAAAUAUUUUUAACGGUCAUCAUGAAACGAAAAUCUGAGAAAAUGCUUUUUUAACUUUUUAUAGUUCUCUAAAAUGGCUGAACAUACGGAAUACCUAGUUGAUCAUCCAGAAGUGAAACAACUGAUUACAGACUACAUUCAAACGCUACUAGUUGGUAAUCACGACUGGAUAAGCAUUCUACAAUUUCUUUUUAGACAGGUCAUAUUACUUAUACAAAAAAUAUUUCAUUUUGCAACAAGUUUAAAUUUUGCUGGUCUCCACAGUGAAACCUGAUAAUGUAAUUGACUUCACGAUACAACAUUUCAAAGCGUUUGCAAAA